UUGUGGGAAAUCCAUCGGUGAACCAAUCAGAACGUCCGUUUUGGAGGCAAACUCAAGUCAAAAAGUAAAUGGACUUUAUUGUUUACAGGCUUUUAUUUAAUGUCUCUAAUUAAAGCCGGUACAAAUAUGUCGUGUCACGUAAAAACGUGACAUUUCUGGCGUUUGCCUUUGUACGUUAAAUUCAAAUCGCUAACGUCCGUUAGCGUUGCCAUGGCAACUCAAGGGCCGCUUUAAACAGGCUAGUUAGCUAAUGUUGAUGUUAGCAGUGACGCGAGAUGUCAAACAUGUCGUCUUUUGGAGACUUGGAUCGCUUGCGACGACAAAAUAAAGAACUUUUGCAGAAAUUAAAACAUAAAACCGACAUUUUAGCGCGUGUACGUUUAGAUUGUGCAGGAAAACAGGGGUUUGUUUUAGCAAAAAGGAGCGCAUGUGAACCGACAACUUUACAAGAGGCCAGUGAAAGUUUAUUAAAUGUCUCGGAUGAGUUAAUAAAUCUGAGUGUUAGUGGAAACUGUCCAGAAAUGGCCACAAGUGCUUUGUGUAAACAGAUAAACAUCACGACAACAACACCAAACCCUGCAGUGACGUCAGGCUGUUUGACAGGUCAAGACCGAUGGAACAGUCGUCCACACGUUCAGGCUGAUCCUACAGGAACGUCGGAGGACGACGGGUCGGUCAUCUCACAGGAAAAGAGUCAAAGAGUCGUGGGACGGGACAGGUUUCCUUCUUCAGACGAAGAGCUGGAGACGGUGUCCGAGUCAGAGAGACGACGUGUGCAGCCUUUACUGGGAUAUGACUGGAUAGCUGGCCUGUUGGAUGCAGAGAGCUCCCUGACCGAGCGCUCCGAGCACUUCUUCAGCGAGCUGCGCGCCUUCCGCCAAGUCAAUAAGUUUCCUGUUGCUGCCAACCUCGGGUCACCUUCUGCAGAAGACGGAGUGACUAAGCAUGAGUGUGCCUCAGACGCUCACCAAUGUACAUUCUGCUACCGAAUCAACAGCCGGCUUUUUGCGACUCCUCUGGACCCUCAGGCCGCGUGUCCCGUCUGCAAGACUCCCAAAGAGAAACAUCCACACACGGAGCGCGAGCCUGCGUUUAUUAGGGUCAGCAUUCCCCGCUCGACACUUCUGCCAGCGUAUCGAUACAAAGCUCACCGCCGCUGCAGCUUCGAUCCAUCAGACAGCCUUGGUUUGCCCUCUCAUUGUCUGUCCGGAUGGACCAACAUCUCAAUGGGAGCAGGCUCCAAGAUGAGCAGCCUAGAUCUAAGGAGCUCUAUGAAGAUCAGGCCACAUCCAGUCACAAAGCCUUCAGUCCAGGAUGAGAACCAGCUGAUGCCUCCAGCAGAUUCACGGCCCUGUGCGCUAUGUAAGCCUGGCUUCAUCCUACAGAACUGUAAAUGCGUGAAAUGUCCCAGAGGACAGUUCUGGUUUCUGAUGAACGGACGGGCCAUGUGUGACACGUGCACCGAAUCUUGCUCUGUGAAGAAAAACCAGGUCGAAGUGUCCGCCUGCACGGAGACGACUAACCGUAGGUGCCAGUGCAAGCCUGGGUACUACUGCCCGAGUCGGGUGGGCUUAAAGUGCAGGAGGGACUGUGAGCUGUGCACCAGCGGCUUCACCAACACGUCUAAUCUCGACAGAUCCUGCCAUCCGUACACUGAUUGUGCGAGUUUAGGGAUGACGCUGAUCAAAAAUGGAUCUCACACUAUGGACCGUGUGUGUGGAUAUGAGACAGAACAUUCGACUCCGACGACAGACACGCCGAUCAGAACGAAAAAGAAGCCAGACAGUCCGGAGACGACGUACAGAAUGGAAGCACAGCACACACUGGACAAGCCGUACAGACCGAGCGGCACAACUCCAAGGCUCCAGUAUUCUACCGACGAGCCCCACAUCAACCAAACAUCAGACAAUCAUUCAGUCACGUCUGUAUCUUCUGAGACCAAGGCUCACUCGGGCAAGAAAGAAGGAAUCGCCGCGACCGAAAGAGGGGGCCCUGGUUCACCAUCGGAGCCCCCUUCGAAGACCACUUGGAUCUUGAUGUUUCUGUUGCUCGUGACUUUGUGUCUACUGCUAUAUCUGUGUAUUACGUGUAAAACCAGAUCCAUCAAGAACAAGCUCGAGUGGGCAGGUCGGGCCUUUGCGAGAUACCAGCCCAUGUUCCCCAACUCCAACACAGAGACGCCUGAUGCUGCUAGAGACGUCAGAGAGGCUGAGGGUCAGGGUUCGUCCCAGGGGAAAAUUCAGCAGGUCACCAUGGAGCACGUUGGGAAAGCUGAUGGUAUCAACAACACCGUUGGGUCUAUUUUCAUCUACUCCCCCGGGAUGGUGAUCCUCGGCUCGAACUCAAACGAGAAAAAAGAGGAGUCGGAGACGAGCGUGGAUGACGGCGGCGAGGCCACCUGCCUCAUGAGCGUGCCUCAGCAGGAAUCCAGCUCCGAGGAAGACAUCAGAGUGGCUACGCAGGAAGAGCUGGGCAAGGAGCUGAGCGUCCCGGUCCCGGCCACGAGCAAAUAAAACGCCCGGGACUGGAACACCGACGUCGGCUCAAGCGAAGGAAUAUAUAUCUAUAUAAGGACGGGCCUCACGAGACACCAAGUCUCUUUGUUGGGCCAUGGCUUGUAGAAAACCUGUCCUGUUACAAACGAGACUAAACUCUUGCCGUGAACAGGGCUGAGUUUGUUUGAAUAGCACUGAGACUUUAAAGGGUUUUUUUUUCUCUCAGUGUGGGAGGCGGUGUGAAGACCGUGAUGUAAGAAAAAACUCCCUAGUUGCAAUGAGAUGUACAGUAAAUAUUAAUUUUAAUAUAUAUAUAUAUAUGGAGAGAGAGAGAGAGAGAGAGAGAGAGAGAGAGAGAGAGAGAGAGAGAGAAUGUUAUCAGGAUAUUAUUAGAAAUAUCACUCUAUUUCGUUUUAGCUAUUAGGCACUUUUGUGCUUAGGUGAAAGAGACAGACAGACAGACAGACGGACAGACAGACCUGGGUUUACUGAUGAAGUGUGGGUGCAUCCGUGCACUGAGCUAAAUAUACCUCAGUGUGCUGUAAAAAAACAAAAAAAAAAAAACCUGAAUGUCAACGCUGCACAUCUCACUCUCGGUUUAUUGUCCGAGAUACAGAGGCUCGUCUGUAUUACUGCUGUGCAGUUGUCUUUUUUUUUUUUUUUUUUUUUUUUUGCCUUUUCACACUGUUCAGAUUUACAGUGGUUUAUUUCCGUAGGGUUUUUAUUAUCCACAGCAUCUUAUAAUGUCGCUUAGCAUCCAGCCGAGCAGUUACGGCUCUGGAGACCUGCUUUAGCUUUCUGGCAGCUUUGGAAUUUACAGUAACUUCAUCACUGAGUCACCAGCAUCCUAUCACAUGGGCACUUCUUUAGAAGUGAACAGGAAGUCUUUAUCAUUUCAAUCGGAGCUCAUAUUCCAUUUAAAUUCUCGGUAUGUUCACGUUUCUAGGCUCUGUGUGUGUGUGUGUGUGUGUGUGUCUGUGUGUGAGAGCGCACGUUUAUAACUAUCUACUGAUUGGGGAAUAAAACGUGCCGUAUCACGAUGACAUAUUUUAUAAGUCACCACUUCCUUUUUUAGGUAUUAAAGAAUCUGUUCACUCAAGGAUCGAGUUCAUGUUACAAAAUGUCCUCUGACCCGAAGACUUUAAAUCUGACACUGGAGACUCCUUCCGUAAAUGUUAACCAGACGUCUCCUGAGAGGAAACUUAACCACAUCAAUGAUGACGCUGUACAUCUACAGACUCUACAGAUGUGGAUGUACGUUUGUUGUCGAUCUGCGUACGAAGGGGAAACGUAGUUUAUUUUGGAAAGUCUUCUAGUUUUCAGAUCAAAAUUUCACCAUGUGAAGGGGUUUCCCAAGGCAACACACACACACACACAGACACACACACACACACACAGAGGAUGGUGUUUCUGUCAUUUGUUCAUUUUACCUCACACCUUUGUAUGGAAAUCUGACUCAGGGAGCCUUAAGCACCAGCUCAUGUUGCUAUGUGAACAUAAACAUGUGCACGCACACAAACAGCUUAGUUUACUAUAAAAGAUGUCAGAGGACGAUGACGUGCUCGGACAAUCCUUGCUGCAGAACCUGUAUAUUUAUAUUGUAACAUUUUUUUCAGAGGCUUAGUAGCUAUUGUUAAAUAAAUCACUGAGAUAUUCAACGGCACAUUUAGACUGCAGUCCCACAGCUCACCAAGGCCGGUCACUAAUGCCAGCUAGUUUCCUAGUAGUGACCUAGCUGGCUAUUGAGAAGGCUGGCUAGCUAGCUGGAGAGCUGAUGUUCAUGAUGGUUCUAAUGGCUAUCCUGCUGCUUUGGGUUUUUCACUUUUGCACAUGAAUAAAGUCAAAGUGUCAAAUCCGUACAGACCACUGUUUCAAUAUCUGAAAAGAUUUUAAUUUUGUAACAUAAGAUUAUAA